AUGCGCAACACUUCAAAUGCUAUUUCUCCCUUCUAUGACCAGGAGCCUAGUGCUCUGCCGCCAUUUCCCCCAAUGCUCAUGGACCAACUCGAACUGUUUGCCAACGUCCACCAUCCAACUACGCUUAUUGCUGAUGAGAUCCUGGCUCCCAAAGCAAGUUCCAUUGUUGCUACUGUAAGGACGUCGCCCGCAUUCGCCCCUGAAAUGAAGCUUGCAAAGUGUUCGUGCAAGCGUGGUCACCGUCACUCCUCUCCGUACCCAAAGAGGGUCGCUCGAACUCGCUCCCGUUUCGUGACACAUACAUCCUCAGAUUCACCGGGUUCUUCGAAUUCUUCUUCAAAUGGCGACUCCUCGACUUCAGCUGUGCCAUUAUCAGAACACUCAAAGAUACCUAAGCCCCCUGGUGAACCUGGGCGCCCGGGGCAUGGGGGAUACACGCUCCAUGAGGCAUUGAAUUGGAGCCCGGUAACAUAUACAAAGUUCAAGAAAUACAUGCAUGGCCUAAUUGAUAUCCAUCUUGAGACGACAAAGUCCUCUUCUGCGCAAAGUCCCGUACUCUUGAAGAUCGUGCGACUCAAGGCUGCCAACGAGUUCCCAGAGCUUGAAAAAUAUACAAACCUAUGGCCAGUGAAUGACAUGAUCAUGUCACACCUGAAGUACACCUCAGGUCGUGCCAGGCAGAAACUGGUGGAGAUGGCUGCGGGUAAGAUCAUCUAG